GGAGCCUCUACAGGAAACUUUCCUCAUGUUGCUCCACUCCUCCUCAGCAGCAGCAGCAGCGGUCUGCCUCCGUCGCUCCAGUUAACCCUCUGAUAUGCACUUGACUGGACUGUGCGUCGUCUGUGGGACUCUCUCAGCCUGUGAAGUCAUGGCUCACCACAAGCAUUAUCCGACAGCGCGUCACUGAGGAUAAGGAAACCAGGAGACUUUUCUUCGAUAAACUUUGGGGCUCAAUGACAUGUAUCUGACUCCGGACCUGAGGAUGGAGACGGUGUUUUACCUCCUUGCCUUCAUGUUGGCUCGUGUCAGUUGGGGUCUUGGGUAUUCUGAGUCCAGUAUCCAGACGGGGCAGAGAGCGGCCAGCAGACACAGGAACUGGUGCGCCUAUGUGGUGACACGCACUGUUAGCUGUGUGAUGGAGGAUGGAGUGGAGACAUACAUCAAGCCAGACUAUCAACGAUGUACCUGGGGCCAAUGUCCUAGAGUUGCCUACCGGACGUACAGGAGACCGAGGUAUAAGGUUGCGUACAAAAUGGUGACAGAAAUGGAGUGGAAGUGUUGCCAUGGUUACUCUGGUGAAGACUGCCAAGACGGGCCAAGAGGAACCCCAGACACUCAUGUCAGUGGAGGCCGACCCCGCGUCACACAGACCGGCUUCAACAACGGGGGCGGACAGAGAGGAGAAGGAGACUCUGAGAGGAUCAGACAGCUGGAGGAAACGGUCCGUGGCCUGAACAAAGACCUACACAACAUGCAAACCACCAUUCACGGCAUUAACCAGAGACUGCCUGGUUUGAAUGGGGCCACUGUCCCUGCUGAUUCAGCUCAGCCACACAUGAAGGACACCAUCAACAGCAUCCAGACUAAGCUGGACCAUCUCUACAACAGAACACAGGUCCAUGACCAGACUCUGCUAACUAUCAACAACCAUCUCGUGAAUGGAGGGGGCAACGAGCUAGACGGAGUGGCCAAAGAUGGAGGAGGUGGGGGAAACCAGCUGAAUACUCUGAAGGAAGAGAUACUGACCGAGCUGGAGAGGAGAGUGUCUCUGUCCUGCUCCUCCUGCCAGGCAGGUGUGGAAGACCUGAGGCGCCAGCAGCAAGAGGACAGGGAUCGGAUCCAAGCCCUGGAGAAGCUGCUCAGCUCCAUGGACCAGCACCUGAGGCAGAGCCUGGAUGUCUCCCGUCGUGAGACUGAACGCUCCCAGUCCUGCUGCAACACUGUCACUGAGCUGGAGAAGAGGCUGUCUGCUGUCGAUGUUCGCAUCACCAACACAGCUAACAAAUGUGACACCAUCAAAGGGCGGCUGGAUAAGGAGCUAGCCGGGACAGGUGGAGGAAAGGGAAGAGUGACAGAGGACAGACUGAAUGGCAGACUGAGAGAGCUGGAAAAGAGGGUGAAUAGCACAGUGAGGAAGACGGAGCAGAGGUGUACCAACACUGGGAACAACGUGAAGGACAAUGUCCAGAGAGACGUCACACAGCUGCGCAACAUGGUCACCAGCCGGCUGGAUGACCACAGCUUCAGGAUUGGAAAGAUAGAGCUGGACGUGGCUGUGCUCGGUGAUACGGUCACGGACCACAGUCGGCGUUUGAGUCAGUUAGAGAACACUACAGUCUUCCUGGACAGAAGGUUAACAUCAACCACAAACAUGUGCAAUGAAACCUGUGGGCCAAAUGGAAAAGGCCGUAAGACUGAUGACACAGUUAAAACCCUGCAGUGGAGAGUCGUGGCCAACCAAGAGGAGAUUCAAAAGUUCAACACAAGGUUAAAAGAUUUGUCUCUUUCAGGAGACUCGCUGAUCGACAGAGUGAUUGACUUAACAAACGAUGUCAAAAACAUAAAAGAUAUAACCGGGGAGAACGGUGAGAAAUUCAACCGCAUUGUCACUGAGGUUGAAACACUGGGCCAUGAUUUGGAGGACUGCUCUAUCUGCAGCAGUAUAGACAAGGACUUACGCUCGCUCACCAACUCCACCACCAUCGGCCUCAGCAAGUGCCAGACAGAGCUAACAGAUCUGCGCAGAAAGGUGGACUCGGGAGAAUCAGUCUGCUCUCAGGUGUGCUCCAACCUUCAAGAGGAGGUGGGACGACUCAGAGAGGAAGUGGAGGAGUGUACGGGGCAGUGUAAAAUCAACAUAAAUGAUCUUAAGAAACGUCUGGACGGUCAUGGCGUCCACACUGGGAGGUUAGGUGGAGAUCUGAAGUCCAUCCAAGGAGAGCUGUCCGGAGCCAUUGUCAAAUUCAACUCCAUCAAUGACACUCUGAAGGGCCUUGGGAGGACUGUGCAGAGGCAUGGGGACACGCUCAUUGACCUCACUAACACCAAGGACGACAUCAUCUCUGAGGUGGACACCCUGCAGAAGGAGCUGACAGAGCACGUUGAUGACUCCAAGAUUAGAAUUGACAGUCUGGGCAGAGACAUCCUGGAAAUAAGGAGAAACUUUGUGACAGAGAUCGGGGAGUGUCGGCUGUCAAGUGAUGGCCUAGACCAAAGACUUUCAAAACUUGAAGGAGUGUGCGGACGCUUUGACUCUUUUUCAGACAGCCUGGAGAAGAUCAAGGAGGGCCUGAACAGGCAUGUGACUGGGCUGUGGACUUGUGUUAAUGGACUCAAUGUCACAGUGAUGUCUCAUGGAGAGCAUAUUGAAAAUAUCCAGAAUGUCCAGCUGGAGAAAGUCCACUCCAACAUUCACAGACUGAACUCUUCAGUGGUGGACUUGGUCAAGGAGUUCCACAGUUUCAUUCAGCAGGACUUCGUGGGCCCACCUGGUCUAACUGGCCCCCGUGGAGAGAGGGGCGAGAGUGGACCCCAGGGACUUGUUGGACCCCAAGGGAGGGUGGGACCUCAAGGCAGAGAAGGCAGGCAGGGAGUGGCUGGACCCCCAGGUCUGAGAGGGGAACAGGGUCCUGCAGGGUCUGAUGCUCAUGUGCCACGCCUUUCCUUUUCUGCUGCACUGACUCGUCCGAUGAGAAGCGCAGGAACUAUCGUGUUCAACAGUGUGUUUGUCAAUGAAAAUAAUGUCUAUAACCCCAAAACAGGUUAUUUCACGGCUCCAGUGAGUGGGAAGUACUUUUUCAGCGGCAUCCUUACAGGCCACAAGAACAUGAAGAUUGAGGCGGUGUUGUCCAAGUCCAACAGAGGUGUGGCACGCGUGGACUCUGCAGGGUAUCAGCCUGAAGGCCUGGAGAAGCCAAUGGCAGAGGCAAAACACAUCCCUGGAGCUCUCGCUGUCUUCAAUAUCAUCCUGCACAUGGAGGCAGGGGACACGGUCUGCGUCGACCUCGUCACUGGCAAACUGGCUUACUCCUCUGAGCCCCUGACCAUCUUUAGCGGGAUGCUGCUAUACGAGACCGUCUGAUUGAAUAAAGUCUUAUUGUUAUCGGUCUCUCUGGGUGGGACUUUCAGUAGAGAGCAUUUUAUUUGUGUGCCAGACUGUAAAAGUCAGAGACUGAGUAGGCUAAGCAGUCAAGGAGACUGGAAUUACUGGACUGAAUUCAUUCAGCGUGGAGAUACUUUAUAUUUUACUGUACGCGCUUAUAAGGAAGGGAAAAAAUCCUUUUCAACCACAAUCCUUUUUGUUUUUCACAGCUUUAAAGGAAACAAUUUCUGCAAAAAGUUUUUAUUUUCAAACAUGUUUCUUUCAUAAAAAGCCACUGCAGGGUUACCUUAUUGUUCCAUAGAUCAGUCCGUGCUCUUUACUUGAAUUCCUGACUGAUUCCACCAGAUUGCUUUUAGUACUUGUAAUGACAAAAGGAAACUCUGUAAGACUGUAAAAGAUUAACGAUUUGGGAUUUUCCAGAUUUUGUGCUUUCAACUCACAGCAUAUCAAGUGUUCAGGGGUUAUUGUACACUUAUUUUUGUAGCUGACGAAGUUUCAUUUCUUCAUGCUCAUUGUUUCACUUUGACCACAAGCAAACUUCCCAGAAACAUUAUGCUGGAUGCCAAUUGUCUUGGAAAAUCAGUGAUGUAGGAGGGGUCACAGUCCAAACCACUAUUCUUUAGAAGGAAAUGCUCAAAUGAAGUCAGUGACGGUUCAGUCGAAAAACCACAGGAUUUUAUAAAUCAUACGGCGGGAAAUAAUAAGACCAUUUUAGGACAUUAGCUCUGCCCAGAAACACAAGGCAGGCUGGAAGAUGGCCAUGGGGAAGAAUGGGGAUAUUUUUUCUCUGUCCUAAUAAGGGACAUGUAAACUUCUGGAGGAUUAAGUACUUAAGGUUAUGAACUGUUACUAUCAGUCCAUCUUACAAUGGAACUUUUAUGCAGAGCUAAAAAUAGCAAAUAAUGAAGUUAGACUUCCCCUUUUUUCCUUUUAGAUAUCCUACCUCUCAGAUGAAUACACACACACACACACACACACACACACACACACACACACACACACCUCCUACAUUAAGAAGUGUGAUACAAAUGCCUCUGGAAGAAAUGUGUGCAUGAGCUUGUAGAUAUUAUAAUAUGGAUUUUAAAAGGAACUUGCACAUAAUCAGAGAGACGAUAUGAUAAAUGGUCCAGAUAUUGUGUUAUACUGACACUGCUGUGGAAGUAAUUCAGUUUUAGCACCAGCAAAUUAAGUUUAUUUUACAGUGCAUACAUUUUUAACUUUGUUCCCCCCUGUGUUAGGUGUGAAGUUGUAUUCUAUAUGUUUUUUAUGCAUUGUAUAACAGUGAAGGAAUGUAAAUAUUUUUUCAGCAGUUUUUCCCUUUUCAAAUGUUUAUGAGCUACCACUUCACCUUACCAGGUACUGUAUAUGUUAUUUGUAUGUUUUGCCACAAGUAUGCCUCAAAUACAGAAACUAAGUUUUACACAGCUGGUGUCAGCUCACUUUUAUCGGGUGUAUGUUCUUUUAUCAAACGAGAAAGCAUUGGCCAGUUUGUGUCCACUGUUUAGCUUUCUUUUGAACUUAUUUAAACUGGCACUUCUUUUGCUUUUGCAAAUACACACAGCUGUACUGGCUCUUUCUUGA